AUGGAGAUCGCUCAUUCAGAAGAACCUCAGGCUGUGCAGUAUUGUUUUCCUUCGAGCAAUGCAUCUUGUCUAAAAGAAAUGCGAUCUAAAGCAGCUUAUGCUGCUUUAUACACGGUGCUGGUAAUUAUGGUUACCCUAACGGUGUGUGGAAACCUUGUUGUGAUUAUCUCCGUCUCUCAUUUCAAGCAGCUCCACACACCAACUAACCUCAUUCUGCUCUCUCUGGCUGUGGCAGACUUUCUAGUAGGACUGAUUGUGUUGCCUUUAAGUAUGACAGCUUUAAUAGAAACUUGUUGGUACUUUGGAGAUAUGCUGUGUUCUGUUUAUAAGUUUUUUGACUCUGUUCUUAUAUCAGUUUCUCUCAGUAAUCUGGUUUUAAUAGCCAUUGACCGCUAUUUUGCUGUUUGUGACCCAUUACUUUAUUCUACUAAGAUAACAGUUAAUGUCAUGCAUUUAUUAAUACUAUUUAGCUGGCUGCUAUCACCAUCUUACAUGUUGGCUUUCCUCUACCUAAAUGGAAAUUUUGAUGGUGCAGAUAAGCUAAAUUCCUGUCUUGGAGAAUGUUUGUUUUUAGUUAAUGAAAUAUGGGGAAUAAUUAAUCUAAUAAUUACUUUCAUUUUGCCUUGUUUUACAAUGAUAGCUCUAUAUGUGAAAAUUUUUUUAGUAGCCAAAAGACAUGCAAAAGUAAUCAGUUCUUCAGCAGAAAGAAAGCAUGUGCGAGAAAACACAGGUAAAAUUUCCAAAAUAUCGGAAAGAAAAGCUGCCAAAAGGUUAGGAAUUGUAGUGCUUGCCUUUCUUCUUUGUUGGAUUCCAUUUUACAUCUGGACACUCAUUGAAGGAAAUCUUAAUGUAUCUAUGACAGCAGCUCUCUUCACUCCUACUGUAAUAGUUUAUCUUAACUCCUGUGUCAAUCCAAUUCUCUAUGCCUUACUUUAUCCUUGGUUUCAGAAGUCAUUGAAACUCAUAUUCACAUUUAAAAUAUGUUGUACAGCCUCCUCGUUUAUUAAUCUGUUUCAAGACACGCAUGAAAAUGUCUUGUAUGUUGGAUAG